AUGACAACGGAUGACGAUAUAGAGACGUAUCUCCCUGCAUUCGAGAGGACGGCACUGCGGGUUGCCUGGCCCCAAGACCAGUGGGCAGGCAUCCUGUCUCCAUUCCUGUGUGGGGAGGCUCAGAAGGCCUAUUUCGAUAUGACCACAGAAGCCGCUAUGCAAUACCCCCAGCUGAAGGCGGAAAUCUUGUCGGAGGAGGAGCGUAGGUUGCACUCUCUGGAUGUCAGAAGGGCGCUUGCCUUUUAUAUUGAGAGGACCAAGCUUUUUCGUAAGUCGCCGCAGUUAUUUGUUGCAGUGGCCGACAGGAUGAAAGAUCAUCCAGAGUUGGCCCAGAGGAUCUCGUCUUGGAUUACUGCCUGUAUCCGAUACUGGUACAACCAGGCCAAGGGUCGUGUGGUGGAAAAUAUUUCCAAAAGGUGUGGUGGAUUCCUGAGACAACUUAGUUUGAGAGGAUGUCUUGGUGUUGGAGACUCCGCUUUGAAGACGUUUGCACAGAACUGUAGAAACAUUGAACAUUUGAAUCUAAACGGAUGUACAAAAAUUACUGACAGCACGUGUUAUAGCCUUAGCAAAUUCUGUACCAAGCUGAAACAUCUGGAUCUGACAUCCUGUGUAUCUAUUACAAACAGCUCUUUGAAAAGUUUAAGUGAGGGUUGCAGAAAUCUGGAACAUUUGAAUCUUUCCUGGUGUGAUCAGAUUACGAAGGAUGGUAUUGAAGCACUGGUGAAAGGGUGCAGUGGACUAAAAGCACUAUUUCUUAGAGGUUGCACACAGUUGGAAGAUGAAGCACUGAAACACAUUCAAAAUCACUGUCGUGAACUUGUAAUCCUGAACUUGCAGUCAUGCACACAAAUUUCAGAUGAAGGCAUUGUAAAAAUUUGUAGAGGAUGCCACAGACUUCAGUCACUGUGUGUUUCUGGUUGUAGCAACCUUACAGAUGCUUCUCUCACAGCACUUGGUCUAAACUGUCCGAGAUUGAAGAUUUUGGAAGCUGCAAGAUGUUCCCACCUGACAGAUGCAGGUUUUACACUUUUAGCACGGAAUUGCCACGAACUGGAAAAGAUGGACUUAGAAGAGUGCAUUCUGAUAACAGAUAACACAUUGAUACAACUUUCUGUUCACUGUCCUAAACUGCAAGCAUUGAGCUUAUCUCACUGUGAACUGAUCACAGAUGAUGGGAUUCUGCAUCUGAGCAACAGUACCUGUGGUCAUGAAAGGCUCCAGGUCCUAGAAUUAGACAAUUGUCUUCUUAUCACCGAUGUGACCCUGGAGCACCUAGAGAACUGCCACAGUUUGGAGAGAAUUGAGUUAUAUGACUGUCAGCAAGUCACGCGAGCAGGAAUCAAAAGAAUAAGAGCUCACUUACCUGAUGUGAAAGUUCAUGCCUACUUUGCUCCAGUCACCCCUCCUCCUUCUGUAGGAGGUAGUCGACAGCGACUCUGCAGGUGCUGCAUUAUUCUUUGACAGUAGGAGCAUCAGCAGAGGAAGAAAGAUUCCUUUAAUUAUGGAAACAAAAUCAGACUGCAAGUGGCUUGCAGAGUGUCAGUUUCUUAACUGCCAUAGGAGUGAUGUCGCAGUCAUCCAAUUUUGUGCUGGUACUGACUCAAGAAAGGUGUUUUUGCAGGUAAAAAGUCUUAAUGUUACAUGUGGAUGUGGAGUAACUGAUGCUUUUUUUGUUUUUUUGAUUACAUCUACUCCAUCAUCCCUGCUGUUGAUAUGACAAUCAUAGUACCAUUUGCUAAUGUGGACUGGGGUAUUUCAGAGUUGUAGAUGCUCAGUGACAGCCCCAACACUAUAAGCCUCACUAAACCUGAAUAUUAGUUCCUAUUUGUAAGCAUUCUUUAGUGUAAAAAAAAAUUCAGGGUCUCUUAAGCAUGUGAGUCCAAACUGCUGUUGUACAAUACACAUAACCAAUUACAUCAUCAGGUUUAAGGACAAAUCAGCUUUAGCAGAAGUUGACCAAAAAAGGGAAAGUAAUAAUGAAAAAUAGCUUCCUAUUUUGCUACAGCUUUAUUUAAUUUCUACAAAAACUCCCAGCAUGUUAAGAGGUAGUACACCUCUAGAAAACUAUUUAAUUUGAACUUUGUUAUAUACAAAAGAGCACUUCUCACAUUGUUGAAUGGUCUGUAUAGAAUAUUUCUCUAAAGAGUCUUAAGUGUUACCAAGUAGGUUAGGAUAAGAAAGGUAUGGCAGUUUGUGCCCUGUACACACAAGGUCUUUUUAUAUGCUCUAGCUGAGUAGGUAGAGCUGUUUACUAUAGUGGCUGAAAGAAUAUAUAUGUAUGGUACUUAGAUUUCCCUCAUUGUCAUGGUAUUUAAUAUAUUUAGCCUAAACAGAAGCUCUGGGGGGUAUUACUGCCUUUUUAA